AGUGUACUACUGUAGAGUGUCAGAGGGACGCACUACAAUCAUUGGCUCACUGAUGGGAGACAAGUAAAGUGCCUGGCCAUAGAGAUAGUCUCUAGUGAUGCUAAACCAGAACCAUUAUUUCACCAGAAUCUGUCUCUACAAAUACCAGUAACAUCACUGGGUUACUAGAGGUUUUCAUCUAUUUGUCCUCGGCGAGAUUACCUGUGAAGGCGGUCACUUAUCAGAGCGGUCACUGGUUGACAAGACGAGGCGAUCUGGGUAUGGCCCAAUCCAGUAUCACCGACAAGGAGGGGGAACUCACAAAUGCAGCCAGAACAGAAAUAAAGCGGAUUUUCCGCCUGAUCGACACCACAGGGAACGGUAAGAUAGGAGUGAACGACCUGAUGCGAUCUAUGCAGCUUAGCGGGGGCAACCCUACCAAGGAAGAGGCCCAAAGGAUGAUCGAGGAGAGCGAUAUGGACGGCAGUGGUAGUGUGGAAUACCAGGAAUUUGAAAACAUCAUGAAAAUCCAUAUCUUGGCACUUGAAUACCAGAACGACAUUCUCAGAGAUGCUUUCAGGCGUUUCGAUAAAAAUGGGGACGGUUCUUUGGACCGUGAAGAGCUUCGCAAAGUUCUCUGCAGUAUCGGAGAAUCUCUCACGGACGAAGAGGCAGAGGAAAUGUUCGCAUUGGUGGAUGCAGAUAAUAACGGGAAAGUUGAUCUGGAUGAAUUUCUGGCUGCUUUCAAAGCAUCAUGACAAGAGAGUUACCUUCAUUUGGACGACGUGCGUUUGAUUGUUUACAGCUUAAGUAUUAAGCUUAAUAGCGAAGCCUAGAGGAGUGUAGAAAACUACUACAAGUAGUCCUGUUUAGCAUUUGACCACGUGGUAUGGUUAACAUAUCACAGCUUUGGAAUAAGAACUUUCGUGGAAAGUAACGUCAUGCAUGAUACUGAUCUCUUGUGUUUGUCGGGAAAACUUUUACGGCGAGCAUGCAAGAAUGCAAAAAGGACUGUAGAGGUGUUUUUACAACAGCUUCAAAGAGAGACCGGUCGUGAAAUAGUCUAUCUAUGUAUAUACUUAUUCCCCGAUUUCAUUUCUGCACAUAAUAUCAACAUUGUCGUUUCAUUAAAGUAUAUUUUAAUGCUG